AUGAGAUCGGUGCCAUGGCUGGCCACCGUUCUUCUCUCGUUUAUUCUCUAUCAAACAGCUGAGGCUGGCUCGAAUUGCUCAGCAGCUGAUGCCACAAAGAAUUGCAUCGACGGGAUGAUGAUCCCAAUUUGGCGACCCUAUAUCGAUUUGUCAAUGUCCGAUCGUUUGAUACGAGGCGUCAUCUAUUUCUUCAUCAUCGCCUAUUGUUUCCUCGGGGUUUCCAUUGUGGCCGAUCGUUUCAUGUCUUCGAUUGAAGUGAUCACCAGUAUGGAACGAACAAUCAUGGUGAAACGGCCAGGCCUUCAGCCGAUGGAGGUGCACGUGCGAAUCUGGAAUGACACUGUCUCGAACCUCACGCUCAUGGCUCUCGGUUCAUCAGCUCCCGAGAUUCUUCUCUCCAUCAUUGAGGUUUGCGCAAAGGGAUUCGAGGCCGGUGACCUUGGACCGAACACGAUCGUCGGAUCAGCCGCUUUCAAUCUUUUCAUGAUCACCGCUAUUUGCGUCAUGGUGAUUCCAAAGGGAGAAGUGCGUCGCCAAAAGCAUUUAGACGUGUUCUUCGUCACUGCCACUUGGUCGAUUUUCGCCUACAUUUGGCUCUACAUGAUCCUCGCUUUCUUCAGUCCUGGUGAGAUCGAGAUUUGGGAGGGUUUGGUGACGUUCGCCUGUUUCCCGUUGACCGUUUUCACCGCUUGGAUCGCUGAUAUCAAGAUCAUUCAACAUCGUUUCUUGCCGCGCAAGUACCGCAGAGGAUCGCACGCGAUGGUGGCAACGGAGGGCGAGGAGAUGAAAAUGCUUGAGGCAUCCCCAGUCACAAAGGCAUACACAACAGACCACACACAGGAUAAUGUUGACCCAGCGGUGAAAGCUUUCGAAGAACAUCGACAAGAGUUCAUCGAACUGAUGAGAGAGAUCAGGAAGAAGAAUCCGCAUAUCACUCCAUUGGAGCUUCAGAAACAAGCCGAAUACGAAAUGAUCAGCCGAGGACCAAAAUCUAGAGCUUUCUAUCGAGUUCAGGCAACGCGUCGCCUCGUUGGUGGUGGUGAUAUUGUGAAGAAGCGAAUCGACAAAGAGCACAAUAAAGCCGUUGAUGCGGCCCAAGAAAAGCAUCUGAGAGACAACACAUGUAAAAUCUUCUUCGAUCCGGCUCACUACACCGUUCUCGAGAACGUCGGUACCUUUGAUGUGGUUGUUGGACGAGAUGGAGGACCCGAGGGUCUAACGGUGAUGGUCGACUAUUACACGGAAGAUGGAACGGCGAAUGCUGGAUCGGAUUAUGUGCCCGUGAAAGGAACCCUCACUUUCUACCCAGAAGACAGACAUCAGCGAAUCACCAUCGAGAUCGUCGAUGAUGAUGUUUUUGAGGAGGACGAGCAUUUCUAUCUUCACUUGAAGAAUCUCCGCGUCAGAACAAAGGAUGGGCUCAUCUUGGAUCCAUCGCGAAUCGGUGGUCUUCCCGUCGCUCAAUUAGAAAUGCCAGCUACAUCAACGAUCAUGAUUCUUGACGACGAUCACGCAGGAGUCUUCUCUUUUGAGCAUGAUCACUUCCAGGUGAUUGAAUCGUGUGGCCACUUGCAACUCCGCGUUCAACGUCACUCUGGUUGUCGUGGAAAAGUCGUCAUUCCGUUCAGAACGAUCGACGGAUCGGCUCGCGGAGAGAAAGAUUUUGAGUCGAAAGAGGGCGAGAUCGUCUUCGAGGACAAUCAAACAGAAUGUUUCAUCGAAUUGGGCAUUGUGGACACGGAACAAUACGAAAGAACAGACAAUUUCUUCAUCGAAUUGGGCGCACCAAUUUGGGCGAAAAAGAUGUCUGAUCUCUCGAAAGUGCAACAACGCUUCCAACGACGAAUGGAGAAAAAGAAGCGAGCCGCCUCGAGUGAUCCCUCAAUUCUUGGAGACGAUGAAACGAGUGAAUGCGCAGAAGAAGCCGCGACAAUGGGUUUGACCGAGGAUCAACUCCAAAUCGCUGAAUUGGGAAAACCGAGACUCGGCGAUCAUCAGAGAUGCCAAAUCACGAUCAAGGAAAGCAAGGAGUUUCAGGGAAUCGUCGAUCGAAUGAUCAAGAACGCGAACACGAAAUUGAUGCUGGGAACGUCGACGUGGAGGGAGCAAUUCAUGGAGGCGCUUUCGGUGGAAGGAGGAGACGAUGACGGUGAUGAUGAGGGGCCACCAAGCUGCUUCGACUAUUUCAUGCAUUUUCUCACCGUUCCCUGGAAACUCAUGUUUGCCACGAUCCCACCGACCGAUUAUUGGGGUGGCUGGGCGUGCUUUGUCGUCUCGAUUUUGAUGAUCGGUGUGUUGACGGCGUUGAUCGGUGAUUUGGCCUCACAAUUCGGUUGCUGGGUUGGCUUGAAAGAUGCCGUGACGGCGAUCUCCUUUGUCGCUCUCGGAACAUCGGUGCCUGACACAUUUGCUUCAAAAGUGGCGGCCGUGCAGGACAAGUACGCGGACAAUUCGAUCGGAAAUGUGACCGGAUCAAACGGAGUGAACGUCUUCUUGGGAAUCGGUGUCGCCUGGUCGAUGGCCGCCAUCUAUCACGCGAUCAAGGGAUCAACCUUCAACGUUGAUCCGGGAAAUCUCGGUUUCUCGGUGGCGCUGUUCUGCUGUGAAGCGUUGGUUUGUAUCUUCAUCAUCGUGCUCAGAAGGAAUAAAUACGUCGGCGGAGAGCUGGGAGGACCUUUCCCGUUCAGAGUUCUCACCUCGGGUUUCUUCUGUUUCCUCUGGCUUUUCUACUUGCUCAUGUCGGCUCUCGAGGCUUACUGUGUGAUUUCUGGAUUC